GUUUAAGCACGUGAUGGAGCUCAACGGUCUCGCGGCGCGCGCUGGCAAUCAAAUAUUGUGCGCUGCCCCACACGCAAGCAGCCAUGAAACAAACGUACUCACACACACACCUUGCAUAAACCGAGCGUGUAGACAUUCACAUUUGAAUUCCAUGGCGUAUUUUUGCAAUGGGCGCAUGCCAAAGUGCUUGUGGGCCUCUUUGCCAACAAAGAUUUCCACAUGUUCCGCCGGAGACAGUUCCAGAGCUGGAUCUCGUUGCUCUGUUGGACCACUACCAGCUGGGCGACAUCCUCGGCGAAGGAGCUUUCGGAGUUGUGUCAGCCUGCCGAAACAUCAGAACCGGCAAUGAAUUUGCAGUGAAAAUGGUCGACAAAGUGGAGACUCCGCUCAAAGAAAUCAAGGAUGAGGCAGAGCUGCUGCAGAGACUGAACCACGCAAAUAUUGUGAAGUGUUUUGGUGUGUUCUACGACAAAUGUUUUGUGUGCAUUGUCAUGAGCAAAUUUGAUGGCGGAGAUGUAGUGGGUGCUUUGGAGGAGCGAUCUAAGCUACGGACCUGUUUUGCUGACUAUGACCUGGUUCACGUCAAAAGGCAAAUGGUAUUGGCUUUGGAAUAUCUCCACGGCCAAGAUGUUGUCCAUAGAGACAUUAAGGGCGACAAUUUCCUCAUGGAUCGACCUGCUCUCACGGAUCCUCAAUGUCACAUUGCACUGGCAGAUUUUGGCAGCGCAAGAAUGCUACAUUCAGGGGAUCGGCUCACCGAGCCCUCCGGAACGAGAUCAUUUUGGUCACCUGAGAUAUACAACCGUUCCUAUUCCAACAAGGUGGAUAUUUGGGCUUUGGGUGUGCUGUGUUUUGGCUUGCUCACGGGCAAGUUUCCCUUCAAGGGAGAGGCCGACGUGAGAGUGAAAGAGGCGGCCCUCCCGUACUAUGUGAAUGCUGAAUGUGAAAACUUCGUGCAAAGUAUGCUGCAGCGUGAUGAAGCCGUGCGAUUCAGUGCUGCUCAGCUGCUGUGCCACCCUUGGCUGGAUGGUACUACAAAGAGAUCAACAACCAUGGUGGGAUUGAACACUUCAGAGGGCGAAGCGUUGGAGUCAGAUGCCUUCACCGAGCGUGUGGACCAUGGCAUCAAGCGCAGGCGCCUUUCCUUGCUUGCGCGAAUGGAAGAGGAACAUGUUCAAAAGUCCCUGAGCCGCGAACAAGGGCAAUGGCGGCGAUUUCAGGAUUCCAAAGAGAAGUCGCAGAUUCUGCGGAACCAUUACAACCAUGAGUUCGCAGUCAAGGACCGCAGGGGCGUGCGCCGUUUCUACAAGUGGCUUCCUCGCUCCGAGAUGAGGAAACAUCAGAGUUUUCAUCGUUUGCAAGGCGGCACGUCUUCGGAGAAAGAAGCGUUUCAACUUCCAGACUUGGAUUUGCCGCUCCUGGCCAAGUUUUUGGAGGAGCACAAUGUCAAAACGGCAUGCUUUGGUGUUGGAGGAGCCAAGUCACUGGAAGCCUUGGCACAAGAAGUCCAAAGUGAUUCCUCAAGGCUUAUGUUGGAUGCGGCCGAUUACAAGAAGAUCGUGCGUGUGGUGGACGUCGUUUUGCUCAAGCUUUUCGAUGACCAUGAACGUCUUUUGAUCGAUGCAGAGGAGCUAUAUGCAGAUGGUCGUCGACGCAGCACUUGGCGAUUGCCAGGCAGCAAGAAGGAAACGUACGAGAAUGUGACCCAGACUGCGCGCCGCAUUCUGGAGGAGACAUUGAACUUGGAUCCGUCAAUCGUGGUCCUGGACGAUGAUGUAGUCUUGGAAGAAGAGGAGCAGAACUCGCCAUCCUACCCCGGCCUGUAUACCGUUUACCGAAAGGAAGUCAUCCAUGGCCAUGUGUUUUCGCAGGAUGCAGAAUUGCGCAACCGCUUUGGGUUGGAUAGCAGGGGCUGGAGUGCCAAAGAGCGCAACUGCACAAGGACUUUGCGCUGGAUAACAGAGGAGGAGGCCGAGGCCAGCCACAUGAAACUUGAAGUGGGCAGCUCGUCGAAAGUUUCUUCGUUGGUCCUGGCGCCCAUUGGGCUGAAAGAGGAUGAGCUCAAACACUACCUGAUUGAUUUGAAGAUAGACGUUAGCCAGUAUGGCCAAAAUGGUGCAAAGACACUGAAGGAAUUUUCGGAAGAGCUGAUAAAGGGUGAUGUGCGCAUUGUUAAGGACAAGAAUGGUGCUGGCUACGUGGUCUCAGAGGUGGUGAAUUUGUGCAUGCAGAAGAGCGAUGGAGAGAUCCUUUUUCAAGUCAAGCAGGAGGGCCCUGGAAAGUACAUCAACGACAAAGUGCUGGUACCUUGUGCCAAGCUGCGGCCGGACGAGAAUACUUUCUUGGUGGCGAAACGCAUCAUUAGGAAGCAGUUUCUCAUCGACCCCAAUCAAGUAUACUUGGACACUGAUGCUUUUCGGCAAAGACAUCCUGACUUGAAGGUCUCACGACUCAAAAGCUCAUGAAUAUGGCCGCAGUGCCAAGGUGACGCUUUCACAAGAGGAGCGCAGUACUACAGCUUAUCCAGGGUUGCGCUUCGUCGAGCGGGAACAUGUGAUUACUGCCAAUGCGGACGAGAGCGGACAAUUCAGGGAGCGACAAGGGCGGGAUUAGCUCUUUCCCCCUGUGCUGACAAGGCAAAGGAGUUGAUGCAGAUUUUUCUUUGCAGCAUUGCAGGCUUGCCAAAGCAACCAUGCCAUGCUAGCCUGUAGACCGCAAGUGUUUAUGGAUGACAAGUUUUCAACAGUCAGUGCCAAGCCGACUUGGGAGUGGCUCUGCUGUUGGGUCGAAUCGUCCAUGGCAGUUGUGAAAAGCAA